AUGGCAAACUGCUUCGGGGAAGUUGUCGACGACGGCAAGCUGAACAAAAUGGAGAGGUACAUGGGUAAGCCAAAGUCACGCCAAGACAGAGCAAGAGAGGCCUGGAAUCAGAUCAGCAAGGACGACAAGGACGCCAACGCUACCAGGUAUGUCGAAGGUCUCAAGUCCAUGUAUGGCAAUGGACAGUCCACAUUGUGCCUUGUGUAUAAUGCGACGGGCGACACCCUCCGCAAAGUCGACAACCACGACUGGUAUGGUUAUAUUGGCAGUGCUCCCUACCCCGCCGAGAUCGGCAACGGCCAGUGGGCUGCCUUCCAUCACGUCCACCGGGCUGGCGAGCCGUCGGGUUCCGUAGGCGCUGUUGUGUACCGUGGGAAGAAUGGCGAAGGGGUGGACAAGGACUAUCUUGUUGCAUGGAGUACUCCAUGGGGCAUGUGGUACCGUAACAAGGCUUAUUGCGAGAUAGGUGCCGUCAAUUGCUACCAAAAUCUUUGGGCUGGUAUGUACAAUAGAGUGGCCAAUUCUGAUUAUUCUUCGAGUGCUAGAUCCGAUGGGUGCGAGAUUGAUGCAAGAAUUGAAACAGGCGAUAGCCCAAAAUUUACUGCAAAAAUCACCGUCCGCUGA